AUGUGGGUGGAGUUGGAGUAUCUCCCAGAAGCAUUUGAGACCACCACUCCAGCUGAGGUGUCAUUUGUCUUUCUGCUUCUGCCCCUCCUCUCCUCUCCUCUCCGAUUUUGCUUCUUUUCAGCUGGCUUCUCUCCAUCUUCUCUUCCCGCUUUCUCCAUAGCUCUACUUGCAGCGGCAGCGGGAAGGAAGCUCCCCUGUCCUCGGCUCAUGGUCCCGCCGGCGCCGCACAAGCCCCUGGCUGUUUUGGAUCCCCGCAAUUCGGUCGACUCCUGUGCCUUCCACCUCCACUCAUGGCGUCCCUUCCUUCCAUCACCUACUCCUCCAGAUCCCGAUCCUUGCUCUUCCCUCGCCAAGCGUCCCUGCCUCUCCGAUCGCGCCACCUCCUUCUCCCUCGAUUCCAUCGACCUCUCCCGCCUCUCCUUACUCGACGACACCGUCAGCCCGUACCGCCGCACCGGGCCGCUCGGUCUCCUCGGCCCGCGGAAGCGCCGGCGCAGGCGCGGCGCCUCUCGCUCCGUCUCCGGCCGCAGCUCCGAUCGCAGCGCCAAUCGACGGUGCUGUUCGAUCGGAGCCUCGGCGGCGCACGGCACCUGCUCCGAUUUCCCCGUCGCCAUCGGGACGGACUCCAGCGGCGAGCUGUUCGGGAAUGGAGGGGAUCCGAAUUGGGCAUCGGAUGUCAGUGAGGCGGCCAGGAACUCGUCCAAGGAGGAGAAGGAGUGUUUGGUGAGUGGUUGUGGGGCGCAAUUUGGGAAUUUGGAUGCACAUGUGGGAGCUGAUUCAGGGUAUGGGAGCGAGCCUGGGUAUAGAGGAGAUGCAGAGUUGGGUUAUGGCGACGAAUUCGACGAAGAGGAGGAAGAUGCCCGGCCACUGUUUUGGGGCCAUCGCUCUGAAGAGGGUGCAGAAGAUACUAAAAUGGAGAUGGUUGGGGAGAACACAUUGUUCACCGACCAAAAGACCCAUUACAGGUGCCGUAGGAAGAAACACGAUUGCCGGAUGGUUGAUUCACUUAGAUGAUUACACAGAGCAGCUUCUCCCUGCAUUGCAGGAAAGGAGAGGUAAACAAUGGACUUAUGACUGGGUCAGGGUGCGCAAACCAAUUUUCUUUGGUGUCAAGUAGCUGAAUUUUGGGUGGCAUUGACACCUGCUUUUUCUGCUUGUUAUUGUAAAUAUUGUUGCUUCAUCACUCUGAGAUAGGGAGCUUUAUACAUUGUUAAUUAAUAGUAUCUACUAAUUGUUUCGAGAUUAUUGGUCGU